AUGAGCUCCAUCCGUCGACGCCUGGCCUGUGUGGAGUGCACGCGGCGAAAGAUCCGUUGCGACAAGGUGGUCCCAUGUCGCAAUUGUACUAGGAGAGGCGUUAGUUGCUCGCGCGCCAGGGGAACCGAUGAUGAGGUGGAGCGAUUGCAGGCCCGCGUCCAGGAGCUCGAAGCUGUUCUGAAAGACGCCACCCAUCUACAACCACAGCCCCAACCACAACCGCAACCACGAUCCCGAUCGGAGAUCCUCCGCAAUGGUAGUAACACGCCCGUCUCCGAGGCAGCGGAGACCCCCGAGCGUGAGAUGGCGGACGCUGCCACCAUUCUCGAGUUCCUCGCUUGGGGCCGACGGAAGAACCCAGACUAUCACGAUGUGUUGGCCCGUAGAGAUGGCGUCGGGCACGGGUCUCCUGGAGACGUAACAGCAGAGGGCAGUGGCGUGGAUUGCAAUCCAGAGGUUACAUCUGCUCUAGCGUAUCUGCAGCUGCUACUCCCGGAUAGCGCCCUCUUGCACCAACUUGUCUCUUACCACUGUGAAUGUGUUCUCUGGUACCAUGGCUCUUUUCACUCCCGUCGCUUCCAAGACGAAUUUGAUAAUUUCACCCGUUUCGCAAACGGCGAAAUCGCCCAUCCCCGCGUCGAUCUGCAAUGGGUCGCGCUACUCUUUGCCGUCAUCACUGGUGCCCUAGCCUGUGCGCCUCGCGUGACUGCCCAAGCCUGGGGAUUCCCAGAAUGGGAACAAACCACCUUGGCGCAGCGAUGGUUCAAAGCUGUGUCAACCUGCCUGCACCUCGCCGACUUCACCGCAGUUCAUUCUCACUAUGCCGUCCAGGCCGUUGCCACAUUGACCAUGUCUGCACAUCUCUUGGGCUUCUCCAAUAGCCUCUCUGUCCUCCUCGCAGCAGCAACCCGCAUCGCCCAAGGCUUAGGCUUACAUCGUCUAGGCUCAGAGCGUGAGGACACGCCGACACCAGCCAUGAUCGAUCGCGAAAUUGGGCGCAGGGCAUGGUGUCAACUCUGUAUCCAGGACUGGUUCUCUAUCCCCUUCUCAGAAAGCUACCUCAUUCCACGCGGAUGCGUCAGUACCGCCCGCCCCCGCAACUGUCGUGACGACGAUAUGCGGAAAUUAUCCGACGAUGAACCCACCCUAACCAGCUACUCGCGGUUCUUUUACCAGGUUGCCUCCCUUAUGCCCUCCCUGCAGGACAGCAUGACUUCCUCAAACACUCUCUACACGCGGUACGAGCAGGUACUUGAACAUGAUCGGCAGUUGCGGAACCUAGCGACGCAGGGCCUACCGCUCUAUCUUCGAAAUAUUCCUGCGGAGGACCAUCCAGAGUGGCCGCGAUAUGUCCCUUGGGCCCGGCGCAGUUUAGCAAUCAGCUCUUCACAUAAAAUCAUUAUGAUUCAUCGGAAAUUUCUCGAGUUGAGUUUCACAAACCCAGUUUUUGCGAGGACGCGCCGAACGUGUGUUGCUGCAGCAAGGACAAUCAUCAAAGAACAGAAAGAGGCGAUUCAUGACGAAGGUCCGGUUCUUUGGAUUCACCAGGCAUUUAGUGUCGCCGCUAGUAUCAUCUUAUGCCUCGAUCUCUUUCACCGCGCUCGUACCGAUCCCGAAACCACGUACCAUCGGCAACUCGUCAACGAUGGUCUGGAGAUCCUUUCACACAGCGAAUCAAACAUGAUCGCGCGACGGGGAGUCCAUCUCUUAGAGGCGCUCUUGGCACGAGAACGCGAUCGAAGCUCUCCGAGACACCUACCGUCACCGCAGCAGGAGGCUGAUCGGGACCUGGAUCUGGUCGGGGUCAUACGGAGCUUUUAUGAAAAGGGCCGGUGGCAGAGAGGUAGGACUGCCUCUCGCGAUGGAAGUCAGGGAUGGCCUCCGGUCGAGCGUGGAGGAAGCAAUCGAACAGGGCAAGCUCCGACCCCGGUGGGGGCGACCUCCCCUUCGUUGGAGGGAUUGGCCAUGUCAUACGGCUUGGAGUGUGCAGAGAGCUUGGAAGAUAUUUUGGUCUUGGCGGCAGAUUAUGCAGCUUGA